AUGGCCACAACCACCCUUCCCAAGCUCAUGAUAAGAGAAGACUUUCUCGACUACACCAACCUUCCACCAAAACUACUAGCUCUCAACAACUGGCUUUUCGACGGAAGUCUCAGUGAUGGCGGAAAGCCCAACUAUCAACCGCACAGGGACCAAUAUCUUCGUCGUGGCGAAUACUUCAAAGUCAGUGAAUUAAACCAAGGAACUGGGGCACCUAGCCGCACAGCAAUCAAAGAACUCUCCCGCUCCGCUGUAUCACUGGCCGAUAAUCAAAUUUUCGUUGACGGAAACACUCGCAUGGCUGUUUUCGUGAUACUAGAGUAUCUAGCUAGCGUAGGAGUCCUUUACUCCCGUGACCCAGUACGCAUCUAUUGGAUUCUUGCACGACGUGAGUCCGACGAGGAGAGAUAUGACCCAGCAGAUGCCGUGGAGGCCGUAGCAAAGGAAGUUGGCGAUAGCACAUAUCGUCCCAAUGGAGGAGUGUCAGAUGUGAAGCGGGAAGAAUAUGCACAGAAAGUGAAGAGGGCGCAGAAUGUCUGGAAGAGGAUAGAGGAGAUUAACCAGAAUAUGAAGGCUGCGUUAACGACAGAACAGAGGAAGAAUAUCUUACAGGAGGCGAAGCGCAAGAAUGCGUAUAUUUACGAGCUGUAUCGAGAUAUUUACAAACAGGCUCUGUUCUGA